CCAAAACCCCUAACUCCAAAUUACCAUCAUGGCAGACGGUUUCGAUUCUCAUGCUUCUUCUGAGUUCUCCAACACCAAAGUUCAAACAUUCACUGAGAGGAUGAAAGAUGAGAUAAGCAUCUCUGAAAAUUCUAAGAAGUUCAAUGUGUGUGCCUCUGAAACUCAAGAAUUCAGUACCCAUUUUGUGGCUGAUGAAUCAUCCAUCAAGAAAAAUGAUGAAGCAAAAAGCAGCUUUAAUAUGGAAGAGAAGAAAGAUGAUGGGUCUGUGAGGUGUUCACUCAAGAUUGAAGUAAUUGAUGAUACAGCAAUGAUUGAUAUUUCUCAAGUUGGAAAAAGUUGCUCAAUUGAUAAAAAUAUCAAGGGUUUUGAUGGAAAAUCAGGAAGAAAUAGGAAGAAAAAGAAUGCAAAUCAAAUGGUUGCGAUAAAAGCAAAAGUUAGGAAUAUGGAAGAAGCCAAAGAAAAAAAUGUGAAUGGCUGUAAAAUAAAUGGAGGAGAAGAGAAGAGGGUUUAUUGUAGAAAGGAGUUGGAAAAUUUGAGGUUUGUUGGAAUGGAACAACAGAGGAAAAUGUGGGUUGAGGUGUACUGUGGGCUUGGUGAUACCGUGCAAAAGGAGUAUGAUGGCCUCGCUGACUCUAAUACUCAAAAGCACAUCCGCCUGUCUCGCAGUCGCAGGCACAUUGGUAAAGAAAAUACCCCUGUCAUUUCUGGUAACAACCAUUCAGAGCACUUGGAUGAUCAAGAAGGGUAUAUAGACACUAAAAAUUCUCUUUCGGCAUUUCCUCCCAGUAGGGAUGAUGGCAUCUCUUAUGAGGGUGAAAACAAUGUUUAUGAAGAAAGUGAUGAUAGCGAUGAUGAUUAUAGUAGCAUUCAAAGACCCGCCUUUAGAGUUACAGGAAAGCCUGAUUUUGAUUCUGGUCCUCCUGAAGAUGGGCUUGAGUAUCUUAGGCGUGUCAGAUGGGAAGCAUUACGGUUGCCCAAAGUGAAGGUUGCAGCAGUUCAAGGAAGUAAACUAAACAAAGAACAGACAUCUUACAUGCCCCAAAUUCCUGAUAUUGCAAGCUGUCUAGAGCACUUGUUGCCUCUCAAGAAGUGGGAGGAAGCAUUCCUUGCUGAUUUUUCAGGGCUAAGACUGGCUUUGUCACGUUUGGAAGCUAAUAUUGGAACUUGUAGCCAGCUGCAUUCUUCAACCUUUGUUGAUCAACCACUCUCUUCUGAUCAGCUUCCUGAAAACAUUGUUUUGGAUAAGUUUGAUGGUUUGAUGUCUGGAGAAGAGGAGUCUUCCCUAUCUGAUGCUGGUGAUGAUCCUGCCCUAGAGAAUUCCAUACCAAAGUCAUCUCCUGCCAAUAGUCCUACCUUAUCUGUUAUCUUAGGAAUGGAUGCUGUAGCUCGAGUUUCAAUGUUAAGGAAGCAAAUUACCGCUGUGCAAAGCUUGAGGGCUCUUACAAUGGAUGACUGCUUAUGGCUGUUUGCUCUGUGCGCUGCAGUUGAUACUCCUGUGGAUGCCGAUACAUGUGCAGCCCUACGGUCAUUACUCCGAAAAUGUGCAAACUUGAGAGCUGACAAGUCCAAAAUCGAUGAUGAAGUUAUUAUGCUUAAUAUGUUGGUCACAAUAUGUGGCAGAUAUUUUGGACAGUCCGAACAAUGACAAUUUUGUUGGGGACUUGAACAAAAUGUACUCUCCAAUUUUAUUUAUAUAU